AUGGCUCCGUCUGCUCCCGAAGUCAGCCCGCCCAUCCCGGGAAACUCGACAAGCAGCACAGCCAAAACGCCAAUCCCCGAGUCCGAAAUCCGUGAUGAACGAUUGGUGAUUGAUGUUAUCGAUGAAAUUGCCGCCCAGCACCCGGACCGGGUCUGGGCAUCGUUGCCCGUCGACGACACCAACUUCGGCACGGGGUUCCACGACGUGACUUAUCGGGCGUUGGCCAACGCCAUUGAUACGGCCGCCUUCUGGCUCGACUCGGUGUUCCGCGACGAUGUUGAUGAUAACGACAAAGGUCUCUUCGCCUAUUACGGAGAUAGAGACUUUCGGCAACCAAUACUGGCGGCCGCAGCUGCCAAGACUGGCAGGCAGUACCAAUUCAUCAGCCCGUUUUCGGCGGAAUCUGCGAAGCUGGGGCUCAUCAACCACACGGGCUGCAAUGUCUGGAUCCACAGCGAGACGGGCCGUGAACUGGCCCAGUCGCUGGCAAAGUCUCGGCCGGGGUUGCGCGUGAUUGAGUGCCCGACGCAGGCUGAGCUGUUGCAGUCGAGGCCGGAGCGCCAGUAUCAAUCUCGGAUCACCUGGGAGGAAUGGAAGGACAAGGUUUGGGUCAUCUUCCAUACCACGGGAUCGUCAGGGAAUCCGAAGCCUGUGCCAUGGACGCACAAGGCGUUCCGGUCCACCGAUCGCCUGCUGCGGUUUCCUGAUUUUGCUGAGUCCAAGGUCGAAUUGUUUCGAAACAAGCGUUUUUUUCAACCCCUGGCCUGUGUCCAUGGCCUAGGUCUCAUCGUCAUUCUUGACAUCGUGCCCGCGAUGAACGCGCCGAUGGUCAUCGGCCCGCGGCACCGGCUUCCUACGAUGGACGACAUCCGGCUCAUUUUUGAGCACGGCCGGCUUGAUGGCAUGCUCUGUACCCCUGUAUUCAUCAAGGAGAUCGCCGAGGAAGAGGAUCUGCUCCCCAAGUUGCGAGCACUGGACUUUGUUUACUACGCCGGUGCCAAAGCGGACCGUGUGUGGGGCGAUCUGCUCUGCGAGCACACUUCGGUCGGUCCCAUCUUUGGCACCACGGAAAUGGGCCAUGUGCCGUUGCGCGACAUCCCCGGGCCAGACUGGCACUGGUACUCGUUCUACGACUGGGAAGGUCUCGCCUUCGAGGAGGUCAAGCCGGGUCUCUACGAGAUGAUCGUUAACCGUCUGCCGCCCGGCAGCAAGAAUACCUGGCAGCAUGCUUUUUCCAGCUUCCCCCACCUCUCCCAGUACCGGACGCGCGAUCUGUGGAUCCGCCACCCAGAGAGGCCGGACCUGUAUGCGUACCACGGACGUUCUGACGAUUUUGUCAUGCUCACCUGCGGCGACGGCGUUGAUGCGCCGUACAUUCAAUCGAAGCUGGAAGCGGCGUGCCCGGCUAUCAAGCUGGCCAUGGUUGGUGGGCAUGGUGAAGACCACCCAUGGCUGUUGAUAGAGCUGCGGGAGUCGAUCCUGCGUGGGGGUGGCUCCGGUGAUUUAGGCUGGGUCCUGCAGUUCAUGGCGGUGUUGGAGGAACUGAACUCUACGCUGCCGUACAUUACUCGGAUCUCCCCGAAGCGGAUUAUUAUCGCUGCGCCGGACCGGCCGUUGGUUAGGACGGUCAAACAGGCGUUGGACCGCAAUAAGACUAUGGAGUUGUAUGAGAAGGAAAUUGAGGCGCUGGAUAAGCUGGUGGCUUGA